UUUCGGCAAGUUUCCCUGUGUGUUAUUGUUUUGGUUUCUGUGGCAACCGCGCGUCUUGAUCAUCAUCAAUCAAUUGAUUGAAUUUGCUACCAGGACAAUGUUCAAGAAUACGUUUCAAAGUGGUUUUCUGUCCAUACUAUAUUCGAUUGGAUCGAAUCCGCUGCAAAUUUGGGAGAAAAAAGUCAAAAACGGCAGCAUUAAACGCAUCACCGAUAACGAUAUUCAGUCGCUGGUCAUCGAAAUCACCGGUUCGAACGUGGCCACAACAUACGUCACCUGUCCGCCACCACAACCGAGAUCCAGUUUGGGCAUCAAACUGCCGUUCCUCAUAUUGAUCGUGAAGAAUCUGAAACGCUUCUUUAGUUUUGAAGUGGAAAUCCUGGACGAUAAAAAUGUUCGACGCCGUUUUCGAGCGUCCAAUUUUCAGUCAGUCACUAGAGUGAAACAUUUCAUCUGUUCCAUGCCAUUGCGGCUGGAUGAUGGCUGGAACCAGAUUGCGUUCAACCUGAAUGAUUUCUGUCGCCGAGCAUAUGGCAGCAAUUACAUGGAGACGGUACGCGUCACAAUCAACGCCAAUUGCCGAUUACGACGCGUUUACUUUGCCGAUCGCAUGUAUGCCGAAGAUGAAUUGCCAGCCGAAUUCAAACUCUAUCUGCCCGUCACAUCAUCGACAUUGGCAACAUCCACUACAAUCAUUGAAUAAUGUAUCGAUUCAUUGUCUAUUGUAUAUUUCAAAUUGAUCUCGUAUAUAUAUAUAUGAUUGUAUUUGGCAAUUUUUUUUAAAUAAAUCCAAUAAAAUCAAAUGAUGAACGAAU